UGCUGAAAAAUCUAGCAGGUUCACGGUUGUUCAUGUACUUCGUGGUUGAAAACUGAUGCGAGAUUCAUCACGGUCCACCAAACAGAUUUUCGAGCCAUGGAGAUACCCUCUAUAAAUAUGGCCUCCUUGGCUCCAGACUCCUCAUCAACUUGCUUUCUCUCGUCGUCAUAACAGUUCCUUCUCGAUCAAAACUACACCACAAUCAGAUCCUUUUGGAAAGCAACGGAAGAAUAGUAUUUGCUGGGUGCCUCAGAGAUCGACCAUGGCACCGCAUGGAGAUGCUAUUGGCGACAACUCUUUCCCAAGGGUCACCACCACCACCAAGUUAUCAAAGCCGCCUCGGUUGUCGAGCGACAACCUCCAGCGGACGAGAUCAGACAUAUCAUUCGAGCUGAGCCGAGUAGGCGAGGAAAUCGAGGAUCUGAAGGAUGGCCAUCAUGAUAACCAGCUUCCACCAAUAUCGGAGGUCGAGGACACCAAGUGCGAGUGCUGUGGGAUGAGCGAGGAGUGCACGCCUGAGUACAUCGAGAAGGUACGGAACAAGUUCUCGGGGAAGUGGCUCUGUGGGCUCUGCUCCGAGGCCGUGAAGGAGGAGGUGGAGAAGAAUGGAGGGAAGAGCUUGGAGGAGGCACUGAGAGUCCACAUGAAUGCUUGUGCAAAGUUCAAGAGGAUUAGGGCUUUCCCUGCCCUGGCCCAGGCUGAUGCCAUGAGGCAGAUCCUGAAGAGGAGCUCCUCUAGGGCAAAGUCUCUUAGCCCUAGGGACAUGACCAAGGAUGCCCCAGGGCGAAAGCUGGCCAAGCCUGGAAUCGCAAGGAGUUCAAGCUGUAUUGCCGACAUUUCCCGAGAUCUUAAGUACAUAAAGUUGGCCAACUAGAUGAUUGGUGGUCAUUUGCCUUAAUUGGCACUGAUCUUGCAAAUCAAGGGGAGGUGGGUUUGAAUUUUAUCGACCUUCUUCCCCAGCUCGGUCUAAUCUCUAGUUGGGUAAAAUCUUAUACGUAUCCACUGAGUCCGCUAGGUACUUAACCGACGAGAACCAUUCUAUGUACGGGGUUGCAAGAUCUUGUAAGAGGCCCAUGCAUGUUACAUAUAAUGGCAUCCCGUCGUCUUAAUUCCUCGGUAACGUUUCGAUGUGUGUAACAUAAUAUUCCAUCCUUUCAUGUAAUUUGUCUAGCUUAGAAGUUCUCUUGGGCAAUGAUUUCCUAACCCAAGAUUAGCCAGGGCAGACCUUUAACUGUAUACCUUCUUCAAGGUUUUUUGAGGUCUGUCACGAGAGCAUUUUGCAGGUGGGACCACCUAUCGUACAAUUUUUACCAUCAUGCUUUAAAAUAUGUAAUAUUUGUCGGAAUAUUUAUGUA